UGACCGUUUAAAUCUUCGUAACUUUUGGUCCUUAUAAGUUAUAUCCACUUGAAAAAGUUCUACAUUCAUUGGGAAUGGAGGUUACAAACAAGUUCAUAGUCAUAAAGACUCAAAUAGAUGGUAAACCUCAAGAGAGUGACUUUGAGUUCAAGACCGAACCGUUCUCACUAACGGUUAAGCCCGGAUCCAAUGAUAUCAUUAUUAAAAAUCUUUAUAUGUCAAUCGACCCGUAUCAGAUUAACAGAAUGAAGACAAUGAGUUCUUCUCAAAAGGCUUCUGAGUUUGCGGUAGGCAUUUCUCCCGGCAAGGUGAUUGAUGCAUAUGGUGUGGGGAAAGUAAUAGCUUCUGGGAAUCCUAAAUUUGAAAAGGAUGAUUAUGUUGUGGGCCUUAUAAGUUGGGGAGAGUAUAGCAUAUCACAAGGCUUCAUUCUAAACAAAUUGGAUCCAAUGGGCUUCCCGUUAACAUACCAUGUUGGCCUUUUAGGGCUUAGUGGACUUACCGCUUAUUCUGGGUUUUUUGAAAUAUGUAAGCCCAAGAAGGGUGAAAAAGUCUUUGUCUCGGCUGCUUCUGGAUCAGUAGGAAAUUUGGUGGGCCAAUAUGCUAAGCAUUUUGGGUGUUAUGUUGUGGGCUGUGCUGGGAGCCCAAAUAAGGUGAAAUUGCUUAAAGAAAAGCUCGGAUUUGAUGAAGUGUUCAACUAUAAAGAAGAAACCGAUCUAAAUUCAACACUCCAAAGGUAUUUCCCGAAUGGGAUUGACAUAUACUUUGAUAACGUGGGAGGUGAGAUGCUAGAGGCAGCAAUAUCAAACAUGAACAUGAAUGGUAGGGUUGCACUUUGUGGAAUCAUUGCAGAAUACACUAAUGCGGGAAAACGAGCAGCACCAGAUUUGCUAAACGUUAUAUAUAAAAGAAUCACCAUUCAAGGAUUCUUAUCUGGUGAUUACAUGAGUUUGUUUCCAGAGUUUCUCACCACGACUAUUGACCACCUUCGUACAGGCAAGAUACAUGUGCUUGAAGAUGUCUCAGUCGGUCUUGAGGGUGUUCCUUCAGCUUUUGUAGGGCUCUUUCGAGGCGAUAACGUUGGGAAGAGGAUUGUUCAAGUUUCUUUGGAUUAAGGCAUAAGCAAGAACACAUGGACUUCUAAUUGAGAAAAUUAAAUAGUUAGAAACUACAAGAAUAAUUUUUAGUCCAUGGAUCAUAUUUUGAUUAACGAUUAAGAUCUAAGAUAAUUAUGUCUCUUCUAUUUCAUGAAUCAUUACCGAUUUACCCAUCCAAUUCAAUUCGAUGAUCAAUUUGUGGGUAUUGGGUAGUGCGCAAA